UACAGUAUGAAGGACACCAGCGCCGAUGGGCCCAGCAACAUGUCCUACGUGAAGGAGACUGUGGACAGGCUGCUCCAAGGCUAUGACAUCCGCCUCCGCCCCGACUUCGGAGGUCCGCCCGUGGAUGUGGGCAUGCGGAUAGAGAUCGCCAGCAUCGACGUGGUCUCAGAGGUCAACAUGGACUACACCCUGACCAUGUACUUUCAGCAGUCCUGGAGGGAUAAAAGGCUCUCUUAUUCUGGAAUACCUUUGAACUUAACUCUGGACAACAGAGUGGCUGACCAGCUCUGGGUGCCGGACACGUAUUUCCAAAAUGACAAGAAAUCAUUUGUCCAUGGAGUGACAGUGAAAAACCGAAUGAUUCGGCUCCAUCCAGAUGGGACAGUCCUUUAUGGCCUACGGAUCACAACAACAGCUGCUUGCAUGAUGGAUCUACGCAGAUAUCCUCUGGAUGAGCAAAACUGCACGCUAGAAAUUGAAAGUUAUGGAUACACUACUGAUGAUAUUGAAUUUUACUGGAACGGAGGAGAGUCAGCAGUAACAGGAGUUAAUAACAUCGAGCUCCCACAAUUUUCUAUUGUGGAUUACAAGAUGGUAUCAAAGAGAGUGGAAUUUACAACAGGAGCAUAUCCUCGAUUAUCACUUAGCUUCAGGCUUAAAAGAAAUAUUGGAUACUUUAUUUUGCAAACCUAUAUGCCUUCCACGCUGAUCACAAUUCUGUCAUGGGUGUCGUUUUGGAUCAAUUACGAUGCCUCUGCAGCCAGAGUUGCUCUAGGAAUCACAACUGUACUGACCAUGACCACCAUCAGCACCCACCUCAGGGAAACCUUGCCAAAGAUUCCUUAUGUCAAGGCAAUAGAUAUUUACCUGAUGGGAUGCUUUGUGUUUGUGUUCCUGGCCUUGCUGGAAUAUGCCUUUGUAAACUACAUAUUCUUUGGGAAAGGACCUCAACGUCAAAAAAAGACAGCAGGCAGGGCUGGACAUGCUACAGGCGAGAAAAGCAUACUGGAAACAAAUAGAGUUGAUGAUGACUGUGGAAACAUGAUCCUCAGAGCACUUGAAAUACGAAGUGACAUGUGCAACUCAGACAUGUUCACAAUCCUCCGUGACCCCCAACCCGUGACCACGUACAUGAGCAACAGAGCCAGCCUGGAGUACAGAAGAGCCCCUUCCAGCAGGGACCUCUACAACAGGAGUGCUCUGGACAGGCACAGGCUCCAGAAAAAAGGACACUUACGCAGGAGGGCAUCCCAGAUCAAAGUCAAAAUCCCUGAUUUGACUGAUGUUAACCUGAUAGACAAGUGGUCCAGAAUGGUCUUUCCCAUCAUGUUUAUUCUUUUCAAUGUUGUUUACUGGUUGUAUUAUGUCCACUAA